AUGCCGGUAGCAGUGACGUCAGCUCCACCCAAGACCACGGAGGCAUCCACGACAACGGAGGCACCCAUGACCACCGAGGCCCCUCUGAAAAACAUCAAACUGACCUGUACCUUCGGCAGAAGUGGAGUGCUGAAGACUCAGCUGCCCCCCGACAAAAUGUGCGACUACAUCUUCUACACGCACAUAUACUACAACGUAAGGUUGAGGAAGAUCAGACCUAUCUAUGGAGACUUUGCCUUCACUGCUUUUAUCAAUUCUGUGGGAUUCUACAGCACUACGACAUUCGGCUUCUCAUUCGCCCUUAGCCUCAUGCCCGCGUUUCCACCAGACCACAAGGAUGCCCUCAAAGAGGUCUUGGAAUCACUAUUUGAUUAUGGAUUCCAGCACUUCGCUGCCCUGGACGUGGAUGUCCGCGACUACCCCUCCGCCAAGUCGGGCGGGCUGCAGUACCUCAAGUUCGCUGUGCACAUCUCCAUGUGA